UCUCUAGUGUCACGUGACAGGGGAGACGUUGCUCAGGCUGCUGAUGUUACGCCGCUGCUAGCUCUACUAUAUAGCAACUUUGUUGACGUUCGCUUCACUCGUUCCUCCUUACGUUCCGGGCUGAAAAUAAAAAGUAACAUAAAAUGGACAACAGCGGGAAAGAGAAGGAAGCGUCGGCAUUAAUGGCCGAGGCGGAGAAGAAAUUAAAAUCUUCUCAGUCGUUUUUCGGGGCGCUGUUUGGGGGCUCUUCUAAGCUGGAAGAGGCCUGUGAUUUGUAUGUGAGGGCAGCCAACAUGUACAAAAUGGCUAAAAACUGGUGUGCUGCAGGAAACGCUUUCUCCCAGGCUGCUCAUCUCCACCUGCAGAUGCAGAGCAAACACGAUGCAGCGACCAACCUCAUAGAUGCUGGAAAUGCCUUCAAAAAAGCCGACCCACAAGAGGCUAUAAACUGUCUGAACCGAGCGAUUGAGAUAUACACGGAUAUGGGUCGUUUCACCAUCGCAGCCAAACACCACAUCAGCAUCGCGGAGAUCUACGAGACAGAGCUGGUGGACAUCGACAAGGCCAUUGCUCAUUAUGAACAAGCAGCCGAUUAUUACAAAGGUGAAGAAUCCACCAGCUCAGCAAACAAGUGCCUUCUGAAAGUGGCGACCUACGCAGCUCAGCUGGAGCAGUACCCCAAAGCCAUAGAGAUUUAUGAACAGGUUGGCACCUACGCGAUGGACAGUACGCUUCUGAAGUACAGUGCCAAGGAUCACUUCUUCAAAGCAGCGCUGUGUCAUUUCUGUGUAGACAUGCUGAACGCCAAGCUCGCUGUGCAGAAGUAUGAAGAAAUGUUUCCAGCGUUCUCUGACUCUCGGGAGUGCAAACUUGUGAAGAAACUCCUCGAUGCGUAUGAAGAACAGAAUGUGGAAGCCUACACUGAUUCGGUGAAGGAGUUUGACACCAUUUCUCGGUUGGACCAGUGGCUCACCACCAUGCUGCUACGCAUCAAGAAGACCAUACAGGACGACGAGAGCGACCUCCGCUGACUCGCCUGCACAGCCGCUGUUGCCUCGAGCCUUUCACUAACAUCCCCGCAGCAUCCUUCAUUUCGUCGGCUCUUCCAGCCUCUCUCUCCUGCAGUCAGCAGUAUUUUCUCUCGCCUUUUGUUCCACCUGUAACAGUCCCCGAAGUCUUUAUACCGUAUGUUUGAACACUAUUUCCCCGAUGCACUCAGUGUGUUAGCUGAACAAUGUUUGGGUCGGAAUAUUCAGACUUUGGAUGCAAUACCAACAAGCAACAAGCUCAUACCAGCAUACUUGUAUCAUAAAGAUUUUAUUUUGUUUUCAUUGCUCCAUGAUGGACGAGAGAAAGAAAAGAGAGAAAUACCAACAGUUUGAUCCAAUAAAUAUAUUUUGCAUAA